CUCACCCCAAUAAAAGCCCCUCUCCACUCCAUUCCUUUCUCUCUCCAACAAAGCUCUCCCCCUCCCUCUCUCCUCCCACAGGCGGCCGCCGCCGCGAGGUCCUCCGACCUCCGCCGCCGGGGAUCUGCCAUGACACGUCACCACCACCCCUCCUCCUCCUCCGCACCUCCACCCCCACCGCCGCCUCCUCCCCCACCGUCCAACCAGCCGCUGUUCUUCCCGCCUCCGCCGCCGUCGUUCAAACACCCGUUGGCGAGGGCGGCGGCGCCGCUCUACAAGCAGCACUCCUGGUCGCCGGACAUAUACCGGGACGAGGCGUGGCUGAGGCGGAAGAAGAGCAGCAGGAACCGUCGGAGCAAGAGCGUGACGGACGAGGACGUCGACGAGCUCAAGGCUUGCAUCGAACUGGGAUUCGGAUUCGAUUCCCCCGAGGUCGAUCGUCGGCUCUCCAACACCCUGCCGGCUCUGGGGCUGUACUACGCCGUCAACAAGCACUACAACGACUCCGUCUCCAAAUCGUUCACGGAGACGCCGUCUUCGCACACGGCGUCAUCCGACUGCGACCCGGACUCGCCUUCUCCCGUCGGCAGCCCGGCCCGCGCCAUCUUCGGCCCAGGGGAGAAUCCUCAGACGGUGAAGACGCGGCUGCGGCAGUGGGCGCAGGUGGUAGCUUGUUCGGUACGGCAAUUCUCAGGCUCCAGCAGCUGACGGCGGUGGAGUCGAUGAAAGCUGUAAUCGGAAGCAUCGAAAACGCGUCCAACUUGUUUGACAAAAUGCGUGAAAGAAGGGGCAGGAAAAUCAAAAAAGGUGGAGAAGGAAUCCUUUCGGCGCACCAAUUGUUCGUUGCGUUAGCUUUCGGCCGUCGCACCUAAUGGGAUUGAUUGACUUUCUCUCUUUUCCUUUCUGUAAUUUUCGUUUUCAGACCUAAUUCUCUCUUUCCCUGAUUUUGGAAUUUGCUGUUUGUCUAGGGUGACUCUUCCCCUAUUUCCUGGUAGUUGAUUUUGCCCCUCAUUUUGCUGCUCGCUUGUUCAAAUUUAGAGGGGGUUUUACUUUACUUACAAUGUAGUCACCGUUACAUCUGAAAAACUUUCAUGUGAAAAAAAAUAUAUUCAUAGUGUAUCAAUUCCUUUCCAGUCUCGUUAUAAGAUUCCGCAUCCUUUGGAUCGAGGAUAGUUGUUACGUAAUCAUUGGAUGGACGCGAUUGCAUUUUACCACCGUGACAGCAUUCCCCCGAAACCUUCUAAGCGCCAUAGUCGGAUUGAUUUCAAAAGAGGGACAACUGCAAAAUCAAACCAAGGUUAUACAUUAUGUAUAUUUGCUUGUGCCGCAAGGCAUGGGGCAAUUGAGAAAUGAAUUUGGUAUCUUCCACGCAAGAAACAGGAGAUUUAUGGGUUCUUUCUUGGGUUUUUUUUUUAUAUAGUUUCCAUCUGCAGAAGCCGGCAGGUCUGGAUAAUAAUGGAGGGGAUGAUGCCUUGAUUGAUUCUUCUAUUAUUCGAUGGUGUAUUUGGCUUGUAUUGGGUAAAAAUAUCUGAGUGGAAAUUAAACUAGUUUAAUGAGGAUUUGUUGUAAGUGGGUGGAUGCUUUGAGAUGGUUACUUGUAAAGAUGGGAAAACCUACCCACCACCUGUGACAAUAAUAAUAAUUUAAACUAUAAGUGGGGGAAAAAAACAAAGAUCACAAUAUGUCAUAUUAUCAUUAUGACAAUGGGGGAGGGAAGGCAGAGGUUGAGAACAACGGAGAUGGACUAUGGGUGGCAUUUUGGUUAUUUAGGUUAACCGAUAACCGGCCGAUCGGUUAUUGGUUAACCGAAAUAACCACUCCCACUACCGAAAAUCGCUCGAAAUAGGUUUUGGUUUCUCGGUUAUCUCGGUUAUUGGUUAACCGACCCACUUUUAAGAUCAAAACCGUUUCGUCUAGCCUCCGAUAACCGGCCGAAGUUCGGUUACUUCGGUUAUCGGUUAGUGGAUAACUGGCCGGUUAUCGGUUUAACCAGCUGGAUAACCGGUAACCGAACUACCACCCUAAGAUGGACCAUGCAAAAUCCCAACUGGCUGGCUGGAAAAAUCAAACGACAAACACCUAGACGAGACAGUCGCACAUUGCAAAUGCCACCACUUUUUUUUUUUGGCCUUGUUAUAAGAACCGGACUGACUGAUCGGACCGGUCAAAUUGCCGCCGAUAAAUCCUCCAAUAAUAUAUAGUAGAGUUUUGUCUACUUUUCUCCAUUUCAAAUUUUCUGCAACGAGAGUGAAAGUAGGAAGGGUAUUUUUGUCUUUACAAUUAAUUAUUUAUUUCAUAUAAAAAAUGUCAAUAUCAGGAUUUGAACUCGGGUCUCUUCAAACAAAGACUACAAUCACAACCAAUUACACUAAACAAAUUUGUUAUGUCCUU